AGCACAUGGGAGGUAGUUCUGAAUAUCGUGAGGAAUUUGAGCAUGCAAGCUAAACACUAAAACAAACAGGGACGAUGUUAACCGUACCAUUCGAAGAUCCAGACAUGAUGCGCGAAUCUCAUUUCGGUGCCAGAUUCCAGCGUCAAGAAGUGCGCACGCUCAAUAACGCCUCCAACACGGAGCCCAAGGAGGCUGAGGACGACAACACGGACAGGGAAGAAGAAAGAGAGGAUGACCGGGACGAGAACGGUCUCCUUAAGAAGAAAGGCCCGCGUAAAAAGAAAUUUCCUGACGGGCGAGUAGAUCGCGUGAAAGUGCGGCGCCAAGAAGCGAACGCGCGCGAGCGCAGCCGCAUGCACGGGCUCAACGACGCGCUAGAGAGCCUGCGCAAGGUCGUGCCCUGCUACUCCAAAACGCAAAAGCUCUCCAAGAUCGAGACUUUGAGGCUGGCCAAGAAUUACAUCUGGGCUCUAUCUGAGACUCUGAGUGCGGGCAAGAGACCCGACCUGCUCGCCUUUGUGCAGACCCUGUGCAAGGGACUAUCGCAGCCCACCACCAACUUGGUUGCGGGCUGCCUGCAGUUGAACGCCAGAAAUUUCCUCACCGAUCACAAUGGGGAAGUGUCGUUCUCUGGCAGGCCUCCAUGCGAUGCUCUGUAUCCGUACCCGAACGCUGAGACGGGCACGCCCACCGGCUUCAGCUCCGGGACCAGGGACAGCGCCAAACCGUUCCGGCCAUAUAACUAUUACGCGUCCUACGAGUCCUAUUACGACAGUGCCUCUCCGGAGGGCGGCAGCCCACAUUUCGACGGCCAAAUAAGCCCCCCGAUCAAUUAUAAUGGAAUUUUCUCCCUUAAAAAACAAGAGGACCAAGUAGAGUACAGUAAGAAAUGCCAUUAUGGAAUGAGGUACUGUAACGUGCCUGGUCGGGGCUCCAUGUACCGCGUUUCCCCAGACAGCCAUUUCCCUUAUGACUUACAUCCCCGCAGCCAAUCGUUCCAGAGCCAGGACGAAUUAAAUACGGGUUUCCAUAAUUAAAAGCAAGCGUAGGGGUUGGAUGCCAGUUACACUAAUCUGUCAAUUAAUUAGUGCUUGUUGCAGGAAAGGGUGUUUUUCUUUUUCUUUCUUUUUUCUCCUGCAUUUUAAACGUUGUAAGCUUGAUUUCAUCAUAGCAUAUUUGAAAAUAAUGUCAAAUCAAUUCUAUUUAUUUCAGAUUGCAUAGUUUUGUUGAUAUUGACACAUGCUAAUGCAUUGACGCAGGCUGUGGUAGGCCUGUAGCUAUUACAAUCAAUUAAUCGAAAAAAUUAGGAUGGAAAUAUAUUUUAAGGCCUUUUAAAAUAAAAGAAAAAAUAUUUGCCUCGAUUUGUGGACAUUUGUUUAUUAGUGUUAUAUUACCACGCGCUAUUCAAAACGUCAUUCGAUUCAUGAUAGCAAUAAUGGAACUAUGCAACACAGAAUGACAUCCGUGCAUUUACUAAUGACAGUUUUUGAAGACGUGUAAAUAUAGCCUAACUGUGUGAAUUGUAUUUAUUCGUUGGACAGUUUUGUCUUUGAUGUGAUACUCCCGAAUCUGGUUGCGAACAUCCGCAAAAGUAAUGUGAUUUUUUUCUUUUCCUUUUUUUUAUUUUAUUUUUUUUAUUUUUAUUUUUUUCGUUCGUGUAAUUCACUGAGGUACAUCGGGUCUUGUAAAUGCGAAUGUAAAAGGAGAACUUGAAGAGGUCACUUCGUUUGUAUUUCGAUCACCUUGUCGAAAUAAAUCUUGAAUGUGAUGAACUGUGUUUUUGAUUUGCCUUUUCUUCAGGAAGUAUUUGUAAAAGUUUAUCAUUUAUCAGCAUUAGGAUUAGAUGUGUUUUGAA